UGUUUCUCUUCUUCCUGAAAGACUCUCGCAUUGGAGCUGCUGAUGUCGCUGUGGUGAGAGUCUGAUACCAUUGAAGAAGAUCUUAAGAUUCCCCAAAGUCUUUUCAGUCGUCUCCCACAUGGCCGUGCAGCGCUCACUAUCAGACUGAACCAAGUGUGCCCGGCUGCUGCAGACCCUUGCCCUCGUAGAUGCCGCUCGGUCCCCGUGUUUGCAAAUGGCUUGCUGUCUGAAGGACGAGCUCCUCUGUUCCAUCUGCCUCAGCAUCUACCAGGACCCCGUCAGCUUCGGCUGCGAGCACUAUUUCUGCAGGAAGUGCAUCACCGAGCACUGGAGCAGGCAGGAGCCUCACGGAACGCGGGACUGUCCCGAGUGCCGGAGGACCUUCACCGACCCGCUGCUGUCGCCCAGCCUCAAGCUGUCCAACAUUGUGGAGCGCUACUCGGCCUUCCCGCUGGACGCCAUCCUCAACGCUCAGCGGAGCUCCUAUCCUUGCAAGGACCACGAGAAGGUGAAGCUCUUCUGCCUCACCGACAAGAGUCUGGUGUGUUUCUUCUGCGACGAGCCGGCGCUGCACGAGCAGCACCAGGUCACCACUAUUGACGAGGCGUUCGAGGAGAUACAGAGGGAGAUGAAGGAGCAGCUGGCCACCCUGCAGGACAGUGAGAGGGGCCACACCGAGGCCCUGCAGCUCCUGCAGAGACAACUCACCGAGACCAAGUCCUCGGCCAAGAGCCUGCGUGCGACCAUCGGCGACGCGUUCGAGCGCCUGCACCGCUUCCUGCGCGAGCGCCAGAAGAGCAUGCUGGAGGAGCUGGAGAUGGACACGGCCCGCAAGCUGGCCGACAUCGAGCACAAGAUCCAGCGCUACAGCCAGCAGCUGCGCGACGUCAAGGAGGGCAUCCAGAUCCUGCAGGAGCGCCUGAACGAGACCGGGCGCCACGACUUCCUGGAGGGCGUCGCCGUCACGUCUGAGAGGUGCCUCACCUGCCGCGAGUUUGCAGAAACGGUCCCGACAUCCCGACAGCGGUCCCAUAAGACAAUGAGCUCUAUUAAAGGGAAGAUCCACGAGACUAACCUGACCUAUGAAGACUUCCCGACAUCCAAGUACAUGGGACCCUUGCAGUACACAAUAUGGAAGUCUCUCUUCCAGGACGUUUCACCAGUGCCGGCAGCUUUGACCCUCGACCCCAUCACAGCCCACCAAAGACUGAUCCUCUCGGACGACUGCACCAUCGUGGCCUACGGGAACCUCCACCCUCAGCCGCUGCAGGACUCCCCCCGCCGCUUCGACGUGGAGGUGUCGGUGCUGGGCGCCGAGGGCUUCGCGUCGGGCGUCCACUACUGGGAGGUGAUGGUGUCGGAGAAGACGCAGUGGAUGAUCGGCGUGGCCAACGAGACGGUGAGCCGCAAGGGCAGCAUCCAGAUCCAGCCCAGCCGCGGCUUCUACUGCAUCGUGAUGCACGACGGGAACCAGUACAGCGCCUGCACCGAGCCCUGGACCCGCCUCAACGUCAAGAGCAAGCUGGAGAAGGUGGGGGUCUACCUGGACUACCCCAAGGGCCUGCUCAUCUUCUACAACGCCGACGACAUGUCCUGGCUCUACACCUACCGCGAGAAGUUCCCCGCCAAGGUCUUCCCCUACUUCAGCCCCGGGCAGAGUCACGCCAACGGGAAGAACGUGCAGCCGCUGCGGAUCAACACCGUGCGCCUCUAAGGGCGACGCGCGGCCGCCGCCACUGUCCCGACACACUGGUCCAUCGUGGGUGAUUUCACAGGACUCUGUGUGUUUGUGGGGAAAAAAUUUAACAAAACAAACAAACAAACAAACAAAAAAAAAAAAACACUAAAGAAAUCAGUUUUAAGAUGUUUAAUAGGGUGUUUGAAUUAUUUC